CGGCGGCCUCGCCAUGUCGGUGGCCGGGCUCAAGAAGCAGUUCCACAAAGCGACCCAGAAAGUGAGUGAAAAAGUAGGAGGUGCAGAAGGAACCAAGCUAGAUGAUGACUUCAAAGAAAUGGAAAGGAAAGUGGAUGUUACCAGCAGGGCAGUUGUGGAAAUAAUGGCAAAGACGAUAGAGUAUCUUCAACCCAAUCCAGCUUCCAGGGCUAAACUCAGCAUGAUCAACACUAUGUCAAAAAUUCGGGGCCAGGAAAAGGGACCAGGUUACCCUCAAGCUGAAGCCUUGCUGGCAGAUGCAAUGCUGAAAUUUGGCCGAGAACUUGGAGAAGAAUGCAACUUUGGACCAGCACUUGCAGAUGUGGGAGAAGCUAUGAAGGAGCUUUCUGAGGUCAAGGACUCUUUAGACAUAGAAGUGAAACAAAACUUCAUUGACCCACUUCAGAAUCUUCAUGACAAAGAUCUGAGAGAAAUUCAGCAUCACCUAAAGAAAAUGGAGGGUCGACGCCUGGAUUUUGAUUACAAAAAGAAAAGACAGGGCAAGCUCCCUGAUGAGGAACUUCGCCAAGCUCUGGAGAAAUUUGAUGAAUCAAAAGAAAUUGCUGAGUCAAGCAUGUUCAACCUUCUGGAGAUGGAUAUUGAACAAGUGAGCCAGCUUUCUGCUCUUGUACAAGCCCAGCUGGAGUACCACAAGCAGGCCACACAGAUCCUACAGAGAGUUACUUCUAAGCUGGAGGAUAGAAUAAAAGAAGCAUCAUCUCAGCCCAGGAGGGAAUACCAGCCCAAACCCCGUAUGAGUCUGGAUUUCACAACUGGUGACAAUACUCAGCACAAUGGAGGAAUAUCCCAUGCCACCACACCCAAACCAUCAGGUGUUCACAUGGAUCAGCCGUGCUGCCGAGCUCUUUAUGACUUUGAACCAGAAAACGAAGGGGAGCUGGGCUUUAAAGAGGGUGAUAUCAUUACCCUCACUAACCAGAUUGAUGAAAAUUGGUAUGAGGGAAUGCUUCAUGGCCAGUCAGGUUUCUUCCCCAUCAAUUACGUUGAUAUUCUAGUUCCAUUACCCCAUUAGAAUGGCUGAUGCACCACCUCUGACCCAGGUAGCUUUGUCAGU